AUGAAGGCACACUUCGGAUGUACUACGUUUCAAACUCGAGCUUUGUGCUCCUCCUUACUCGCAGAAGCAAGGUACGCAAGCCUUCAGCUCGCAGUCAUGCAGAUCUCUACUGACAUCGAACCAACCCCCGUCCGCGUCACCUCAACCCUGGCCGACAUUGUGCGCCAGGCCUACGACAAGAACAGAGCCCUCAGCAGCUCUGAAACCGCCGUCUCACGCUCUCGCGGCAGCAAAGGAUCUAUCCUCUGUCGUAAGGUGCAGCAGACCUACUUCUGGCGACACUUGCAACGUGUCUUCCUUGAAAACCCGCAUGAGUGCGGCCGCUAUGAGGCUAUGACUGUAGUCGAGUACGAACAG